UGGCUCAUUCGAACACUAAAAUGAAAAAAAUAUUAAUAAAACUAAAUGGAGGAAGCAGACGGAGAAGAAGGUGCUGACAAGUCUAAGAGUUGACAUUUUGCGAGAGCACAACCGCUUCACUCAGCCAUCCCUAAUACCCUCUCUGCAUCAUCAUCAUCAUCAUCAUCAUCAUCAUUCAAAUAACAAAUCCAAUGAUUGAUUGGAUUUGACAAACAAACAUCCCAAAUCAUGGCAGUCUGGAGAAAUGCAUACCAAGAAGUGAUCAACGCAAAACCACUCUUUUUAACGAUCUAUGCCACUGUUCUCUGCGGUAUUCUCUUCUCUUCCUUCUAUGUCUUCUCCGCUGUCUACUCUUCCGCUAAACCCUCCUCUUCUCUCUCGUGGGUCUCAUCUCCUCCUCUCUCUCAUAUUGAUGGGCCAGCUAAUGUUUCUCAAGAAACACCAUUACCAUUACCAUCACCACCAACAGCAUCAGUAUCAGGAAGAAAUCAAGAGAAAAGCAAUGUUCUUGAAAAGCCCAUAUGGGAAAUUCCACCACCCAAUUCAAAAAUGCCUCCUUUGAAGAGUUUUAGGCUCACUAAAGAAUUAGUUGAGCAAAGAGUGAAGGACAAUGUGAUUAUUGUUACUUUUGGUAACUUUGCUUUUAUGGAUUUUAUUCUUACUUGGGUUAAACAUUUGUCUGACUUGGGCCUUUCCAAUCUUCUUGUUGGUGCCAUGGAUAUAAAGCUGUUAGAGGCUUUGUAUCGGAGAGGGGUUCCGGUUUUCGAUAUGGGGAGUCAUAUGAGUACAGCUGAUGUUGGAUGGGGUUCACCUACUUUUCAUAAAAUGGGUAGAGAAAAAGUUAUUUUGAUUGAGGCAUUCCUUCCUUUUGGAUAUGAGUUGUUGAUGUGUGAUACCGAUAUGGUCUGGUUGAAGAAUCCACUGCCGUAUCUUGCUCGUUAUCCUGAUGCAGAUGUUUUAACUUCAAGUGAUUCAGUUGUACCGACUGUUGCUGAUGAUAGGUUGGACGUCUGGCAAGAAGUUGGUGCUGCUUACAAUAUAGGAAUUUUCCACUGGCGGCCAACAGAGCCUUCCAAAAAGUUAGCAAAAGAGUGGAAAGAGAUGCUACUGGCCGAUGAUAAGAUUUGGGACCAAAAUGGGUUUAAUGAUAUUGUACGAAGGCAGUUAGGACCAUCUGUUGACAAUGACAGUGGACUUGUAUAUGCUUUUGAUGGAAAUCUCAAGCUGGGAAUUUUACCAGCAACUAUAUUUUGUAGCGGACAUACUUAUUUUGUCCAGGCCAUGUAUCAACAGCUCAGAUUGGAGCCAUAUGCAGUCCAUACCACAUUCCAGUAUGCAGGCACAGAAGGAAAGAGACACCGACUACGGGAAGGCAUGGUUUUUUAUGAUCCACCUGAGUAUUAUGAUGUACCAGGAGGAUUUUUGUCAUUUAAGCCAUCUAUUCCGAAGAGUUUGUUACUAGAUGGGAAACACAGUAUUGAGUCCCACUUCUCUCUUGUCAAUUACCAAAUUAAACAAAUAAGGACGGCACUUGCAAUUGCUUCAUUGUUGAAUCGUACUCUGGUCAUGCCUCCUAUAUGGUGCAGGUUGGAUAGGCUGUGGUUUGGUCAUCCUGGAGUUCUUGUGGGAUCUAUGACCAGACAACCUUUUAUAUGUCCUUUAGACCAUGUGUUUGAGGUGAAUGUCAUGCUGAAACAGCAACCAGAGGAAGAGUUUGGCCCCGGGAUCAGUAUCAGAGAAUACUCUUUUCUGGACAAUCCUGCAUUACCCAAACAAGUCAAAGAGUCAUGGCUUGAUGUCCACCUUUGUGAAGAAGGAACUCAAGAUUGCAUGGCAUCAAACAAAACAAGUCCAUCCGGAGUUUUGAAAUUUCCAAAAGGAAGUAGUGAAGAAAAGUUCAAGGCCAUAUUCGCAUCCUUCAAGGAUGUCAAAGUUAUUCAAUUUUCUUCAAUGCAAGAUGCGUUCCUAGGAUUCACUCACAAGGAAAGAGAAACAAAAUUUAGACACAGAGUGAAGCAGUAUGUCGGUAUAUGGUGCUGCGUAGAGAAUCGCACUCCUGGACAUAUUUAUUAUGACAUGUACUGGGACGAGAAACCUGGUUGGAAACCAGCGCCCCCAGAGACAGCGGAGCUCGAUCACCCGCCUUGGUAAUGCUCAAGUAUGUCGGCUACCAUAAACUUACUGAAGUAGACGAGAUACAAAUUUGAGCAGCAUUGCAUUUCUGCCAUACUUUAGAAAGAAGAGCUAGAAGAAAAAGUUAAGGGUAUGUACCAUUGUAGUUAGUGAAGAUUGAGGGCACAAUAGGGAACGCUGAGCUAAUGCAAUUCCUGUAAUCUUUGUAGUGUUAGAAAAGUCAAACGAAGAAAGUUUUCAUUUUUUAUUUUCAUCCAUAAAUAUUAAUAAAGAAAUGAAAUUAAUUGUUGUGAGGAAA